GCCUCCCCCGCCGGGAGAGAGCGCCGUGUCCCGCAGGCACCCCGCCGCCGAGCGGGGCCGCAGGAAGCGGGGGGCCGUGAGGGGCGCUCAUGGCGGCCGGGGCAGCGGUGAGGGGCGCUCAUGGCGGCCGGGGCAGCUCUCCGCCGUGGGUCACCGCCGCCGCCCCGUCCCGAAGCACGAAGCCCUGGGGCGGCUCGGUGGCGGCGCGGAGCAGUCCCUUCGCAACAGGCGGCCUCCUGGAGAGACGGAAGGAGAGCGGGGGAAGGAGAGGCAACCCUCCCUCCAACCGGCGGGCCGCCCGGCCCGCGGCCGCCCGGCCUGCUCUGCCUCCUCCCCCCGCGGCUGCCGACGUGGCGGGGCGGGGAAGGGGACGGAGGAGGGGGCGCGCCGGCGAGGGGACCGCUGAGCGAACUGAAAAUGUCUGAAGACAUACAUGAUGGCAUCCCAUCUGAAGAAAAACCUGAAGUAAUGGAAAUUCCCAGCAAUGAGGUAUUGCCUCAGGAGUCAGUACCACACCUCGUGGAAGCUGAGAUCUUGCAUGAGUCUUCACAUGAGGAACAUGGACAGGCCACUCAGAAUGCCAGUAAUGGACAGGAAGGAGACAUAUUUAUUAACAAAACCCCUUUGACUGAAAAAGUAAUUGAAAGUCUGCCUUCCAGUGGAGAGGUGACUGAAGACAUGCCUACUGACUGCAAUGAAACUGUAAGCCUUGAUGCGGAACCUGAAUCUGAAGAAACACUGCAUGAACAAAGCAGUCCAGCCACAGACUCCUCAUCUAAAGCAAGUAGAUGGGGAGCUUGGGGUACUUGGGGGAAGUCUCUCCUGUCAUCAGCUUCCGCCACAGUCGGUCAUGGGAUAACAGCAGUAAAGGAAAAAGCAGGAACUACCCUAGGAAUUCAUAAUGCAAGUUCAGCAUCUUCAGAAACAGGAGAACCUCCUGCAGCUGAAACACAAAUUAGACAAGCAGAAGAUUCUCUGGACCAAAGUUCUUCUGAGAAUAUUCCUUCUUCUCCAUCUGGAUCUCGUGGCAUGUUGUCAGCUAUCACUAAUGCUGUACAGAACACAGGGAAAAGUGUACUAUCUGGAGGCUUAGAUGCUUUGGAAUUUAUUGGGAAGACAACCAUGAAUGUCCUUGCAGAAAGCGAUCCUGGAUUUAAGAGAACCAAAACGCUGAUGGCAAGAACAGUUUCUCUGUCUCAGCUGUUGCGAGAAGCUAAAGAAAAAGAGAAACAGAGACGGGCCCAGCAAGUUACAGUUGAAAGAACAGCACAUUAUGGACUACUUUUUGAUGAAUUCCAGGGUUUGUCUCAUCUUGAAGCUCUGGAAAUCCUGUCAAAUGAAAGUGAAGUCCAGAUUCAGUCAUAUUUAGCAACGCUUGAUGGAGAGCAGUUGGAGACUGUGAAAAGUGAUUUAAUUGCUAUAAAAGAGAUUUUUGUUCCAAAGGAAUCAGAUGAUGAAGUGGUGCAGGCACAGGAAGCAGAUAUGGGAGAAGAGUUUGUCAGCAUGCUCACCGAACUGCUGUUUGAAUUGCAUGUUGCUGCUACUCCUGACAAACUUAAUAAGGCUAGGAAAAAAGCUUAUGAAUGGCUGGAAGAAGCCAGUUUUUCAACCCCAGCAGACAUAGAAAAGAAGCUGAAAGAAACACCUGGAGAACCUAGUGAAGAAAAGACUGAAAAAGAAGAUGAAACUGACAGUGUUAAAGCAGAAGCAGAUAAAAACAAAACUGUGGAGGAAAUCUACAUGCUGUCCAUUGAAAGUCUGGCUGAGGUAACUGCUCGUUGUAUUGAACAGCUUCAUAAAGUAGCAGAAUUAAUUCUACAUGGACAGGAAGUAGAGAAAACAGCUCAAGAUCAAGCAAAAGUGCUGACAAAUUUAACAAGUGCUAUGUGCAAUGAAGUUUCAUCUUUAUCAAAGAAGUUUUCCGAUUCUUUAACAGCAGCUGGGAGCAGUUUGAAGGCAGAGGUUCUUAACCCCAUCAUCAACAGUGUGCUAUUAGAGGGCUGCAACAGUACUACUUAUAUUCAGGAUGCUUUCCAGCUGUUGCUUCCAGUUCUGCAGAUUUCACAUAUCCAGGCCAGUUGUUUGAAAGCACAAGAGUGACAGUUCCCCAGCAGUUGUCACCACGGGGCUUAACAGAAACCACAGAGCUAAUGUCUUUAUCAUAUGCAGAUAGAAGAGAUACCUGGCCACUCAGAGUCCUCUGAAGACACUAAAUGCGGUUUUGCACAUACAAUAUCGAACAACGUUUUGAAACUUUCAAACUUCAGAAGUAGUUCGUAAAGUGAGUCAUGUCUUUUCCAUUAGAGUGUAUUCUUGGCAUUAAUUUAAACCGAAGUUUACUGAUAUUAGCUUUGACUUAAAUACAGAUUCUAAAUGUUGACCCUUUCAAUUGUAGCCGAUGCAUGAAGCAAAUUAGAAUGUAAAGAUUUUUAAAACAUUUCGGCCCAAAUGACCAUUUCCAUUGUUUGCAUCCUGACUGUCAGUUAAAAAUGUGUAUUUCAAAAGUUGGUUUCAGUAUUUAAUUUUGGCCAACGUGAACAAAUUAUCAUAGUGUUCUGCCUGUUAAAUAUUUUUAGAGUAGCAAAUAAUUACAACAUCAUAAUAAACUGUACCACUUACAUAACACUCCCUAUUGAAAGAGUUGUACAGUAAUAGGCAUUAACUUUACUAAAAUCAUGGAGGGUAUGCAUACAGAAUUAUACUGAAAAGAAAUUUUCUGAGCCAGUUAAGAGUACAGGUAAAGCUCCAUAUUUGCUGACCCAUAAUUUUAUAUUCAUUUAUGCCUAUGCCCUAAUUCCAAUGGCUGAACAACAUUGCAAGCCAAAGUAAUCUUUUUAAUAGGCAAGGAAUAGAAAAUUUCCCUUUUGUUUGGCAGUUGAAACACCCCCAAAACAAUCUUCUCUCAGAUGUGUUACCAGGUUAGCACUUUGGGGUUUAAUUUGGGCUUUAAACAUGAUGAUCCUUUUUAUCAAAUUGAGUUACUGAUACUAACAAUUCAGCAAUGCAGGUUUUGGGCAUAGACAGGAAGUUGUGAAAAGAAGUUUCGCUGUGGGCGAGGAGGCAGUAUUUCAGAGCAACCACAUGCUCUCUGAGGCAGUAGCUGAGCAGCAGGAAUGAUAUUUCAUAGUGAUACUAGCAACCGUGAUAAUUUGUCCAUACCCUUAGCUUAAAAUCCUGAGCUGUGAACCUCCGAAUUUGUUUAGGCUAGUUUACCUCGUAGACAGGAAGAACCUUCCAAUAAUUUAUGUGGCCUGCUCUCCUGGAUUUUAAUUAUUAGAUUUCUUUCACCUAUUCUGUAUUUGUUCCCCUCCUGAUAUACUCAAUUAAUUGUAUUCAAAUGCUUUUUAAUUGUAGUUAAUGUCUGAAUAUGUUUAAUCAUAGAAGCAUAGCUCAUAUGUCAUAAAAUUAAUGAAAUAGGGCGUGAGGAAAUACUAUGCUGUUUGUCAGAAAUGAGAAACUGUAUCGGCUUUGCAGAACGAAAGGUCUGUUUGUUUCUUACACCUUUGCUGUCCCUGCUCUGCUGUCAUACACAUUGUGACUUUUCCAUCUCUUUUUAUUUAGAGAUGAAAUUUUCACUACCCCUGAGAUAAGGUUUAUUACACAAAACCUCUUUUCUACCACCCUGUAAUUUAACAGAUUUGAGGUAUCUUUCUGGGUAAGUAGAAGGGGUACAGUCUUCAAAUCUGUGUGCACAGAAUGUAAAAAGGAACUUACAGCGAUGUGAACAAAAAUAAGAAAGCCCAUUGGCAGCUGAACAAGGGAACAAAGCUUGACAUCGUUGGUAUUUAUGCCAUAGUGAACAGCUACCGUUACCACAACAUGGGAAAAAGAGGGACACAGGAAAAUGCCACUGGUAAGCAGACUCACUAGCCCAAAAGUGGGAUACAGCUCCCACCAGCCCUUAUGUCCAUGACACUUCCAUCUGGCAUUGCUUUAUUUCUGAAAGCAUCUUUUCAAAAGUGCAAGCAUUCAGCAGCUUGUAAAAAGGCCUGUUUGUUUAAGUGUUUUUUCCUGUUCUGUGCUGGCAAGCAGAAUAUAAUACCUGGUUAAAAGCUUGCUAAUUUCUCAAAUGAAGAGUGCCUGGGAGUCUAGUGUUUUCACCUAUCAAUCAUUACAUCCUGGAUUUAUUUUUACUUCAAUUUCAUCAUUAUUUUUCAUCGAGAAGCCCUUCUAUCCACAUUGGAGUGGAGCUCUGCAUCAGGUAUCUGUAGACGUGGUAUCACUGCCAAACAAGGCAUAGAGCAUGGCAGUGGCUGUUUCAUAUUGUUCCUAUGCCGAGUUAACGCUUUCAGACAUAAAUGAUUUUAGUUACUUUUUUGUAUGGAUCUUGUUUUUUUCUCUGAAAUACAGUGCAGAUUAUAUAGUGUUAAACAUGACAGAAAAAUGUGUCAAUUAGUAGUGGUGCCUUUUAGCAGAGGCUGAACAAUAUAGUACGAGAAGCUUCAGGGGAUAAUGUUUGAAGUCAUCGAGGGGCAUUCUUAAGACAAAGAUUGCUUGUCUGAGAUAUUCCUUACUAGAGGUUUCACUGUCUUGCUUAAAUUAUGUAUGUAUUGAAUAAAGUACCUUACCCUAAAGUAAAAGAAGCUAUAAAAAUAA